AAGGAAAUUUCCUAAAAACAUGUCUUUGGUUUUUCGAAAUCUAUCAUACUUUCCCAAAAUGUAAAAAAAUUCAAGUGUUGCACUUCAAUUGGACGUUACUGUAUAACGAGGGAAAUACGAAAUCAACGCAAAAUCGUGUAAUCAAUUAACAUAUAAAUCCAGAAGAUUCGCCUAGUGAAUCCGGAUUUAAGUGAUCGAAUGAAUCAAUUAAGGACAUCUCAAAGAUGAUAACGUCAAAGUAAUAUCAAUUAUUUAUUACAAUAUAUUAACAAACCAAUCUGUUAUAAGAACUAAAUCAUUCAAUAAAUGAAAAGAAAGUUCUUGGGAAAGUUACGUGAAGUGCGUGGUAAGUUUCGAGCCAAUGAAGGGGAAAUCCAUAAAAUGUGAGAAACUCUUCUCGACAUGCUUUAUGCUCCUUCAUUAUCGCUGGAUAUUAAGGAAAUUAUAGCGCUUUUUCGUGCAUUAACCACAAUACUUUCUCCAUUCAUGCAUACUUUGAUGCCGCUAUUUCCAUGUUCUUUCAAUGGAAAACUUCCUCAUUUGAUUAAUCUUCUUGGCCCGCGACCUCCACUUCUCCUUCUCCUUUCUAUUUGAAGGUCUGUACCUGACUGAUUGUCGUACUGUUACAUUUCGUCAAAGUUCUAGCUGAACUGGAGCGUAUAAUACACCGCGAAGAUGACACACAAAAUAGCCAGGGCCGUCGAUCUGAAACUCAUUUGCGUAUUUGGUGUGACUCAAACAAGACAGAUUGAUAAACAAGCUUCAGUUCAAAGAAGAAACCAGGCAAGGAUGUUGAAAUUGGAACGACGCUCGUUUGAAAUCAUAAAUUCCCUGUGGAAGCCAUCUUUGUCUAUGCUCCUGUUCCUUGUAUCCUUGUGCGAUACUCGUUCCAAAGAACUUUUUGAUCUGCAGUUGGCAGCUGGAAAUGCCGUUACCUUUGAUAAAAGAUAUCAGUACCCAAUGAAAAAGGAGGUGACAGCUAGUGUCGGCUAUGGCAAUUAUCUACAUCCGUUUUAUUACCAGGGAGUCAAAAAGAAGAUGUAUCCCUGUGCAGUGGAAUGCGAAGAAUGGUCGUCAAUGGAGAACAUGUAUGAAGAACCAGAUGAAUCCGGAAGUGAACAAGCAGCCUCUAUAAUUACACCUCGACCGGAUAUCUCUUCAAUUAAAAUAACUACAGUGACUCCUUUACGCUCUUAUAAAGACGUUUCAUCUUUUCGUUCCAAAAUCAACGAAUCAGAUUCUGCCGCCUCUAAUAGGGUUCCUCAAUUCGACAAGGAUAGUCAUGACCUUAUCAAGCUAAUACAGGAGUCAUCAAAGUUGUAUCCAAAUAAUGAAGAACCAAGUCUUGACGAGGAGGAAAAUUCACCGCAAAAAGAAUCAAUAGAUGAUUUGAGUGACGAUCCUUGGUUUGGAAAUUUAUACAAUUUGGAUAAGGAAAUAGGUGAAUUAGAGAACGAUGAAUAUUUUGAUUCCGCUGAUCUUGUUGAUCCCAUUGAUACAAGCUUGAGUUACAAUCCACCGGAAUUUGAUGAUACUCCUCACAAUCGUAAAAGCAAGUAUCCUGGAAGGGUAAAAGGAAAUUAUGUGAGACAUAAAAUUCGGGAAGAGCAUCUGGAGGGAUCAAGAACUGACUUUUUACCUAAAACGAACAACUUCAUUAGAAAUGAUCCGUAUGAAAAGGACUCACAGAAGCAGAACAAUUUUCCUACGGCUCUGCAAGGAUUUGUACCUUCCCAACCAUUCCCUGAUCCUAAUAUUAAGGAUGGUAAUGAAGCGUAUCAUCAAAACUAUAAGGAACUCGAUGUAAUAACAAAUCAUAGGAAUCCGAUUAGACCAGCUUCUAGUUUGCAAAAUCUUCCAUUACAUCAAGGCCAAAAAAAUUACAAUCAGCAACAAAUGAAUUCUGUGAAUUAUUCUCCAUGGACGGGAAACAGAGUACGACCCAGUGGAAAUAGGUAUCGGAAUUCCGGUAGACCACAAACUAUUGGUUUUUCUAGACUAGUUAAUUCUGCCGUGGAAAAACCUGUACUGUGUUCAAGUUUGCAAAAUGUCCCUGGAAGACGACCUCAAUAUGGAAACGUACCAAACAAAUUUUUGCAUACAAAUACAGGACGACCUAUACGUAUAUUCAAAUCACUUUCACACCAUGACAAGCCAUUUUCUUUAAAUUACCAAGCACACCGGUGGCUGCCGAACGGAGAAGGCCUCCCUCGGGAUCAAAGAUUUCUAGGAAAGCCUCGAAAAAGAGUUCAGGAUCAACCACGAAAAAUCUACAUAAUUAAAAAAUGGUAAUCCUGUUCAUUUAUUAAUGCGUUCAUUAUAAUAAUCAUUCCAAAGCAUGAUAAAUUUCGUCAGAAAAUAAUUCACUAGUAUUUAUGUUUCCUUCAAAAUUGUAAAUGGUAAACUUGACUCAUAGUAUUAUAUAAUACAGAUAUGCUAUAUUAAUCGUUCAUCGCAAUGCUCGUCAAUAAAUUUGUAUAAAAUUCUUAA